GGGGGCCACGUCAGCGGGUGUCGGGGCUGUACGGGCACCAUGCGGCGGGGCGCGCUCCUGGCUAGCGCCCUGGCCGCCUACGCCGGGUACCUGGCGCUGGGCGCGCUGCUUGUGGCGCGGCUGGAGCGGCCUCACGAAGCCCGGCUGCGGGCAGAACUGGGGACCCUGCGGGAGCAGCUGCUACAGCACAGCCCGUGCGUGGCGGCUCACGCCCUGGAUGCCUUCGUGGAGCGGGUGCUGGCGGCCGGACGGCUGGGGCGCGCAGCGCUCGCCAACGCCUCGGGAGCUGCCAACGCUUCGGACCCUGCGUGGGACUUCGCCUCGGCGCUCUUCUUCGCCAGCACGCUUGUCACCACCGUGGGCUAUGGCUACACGACCCCACUGACAGAUGCUGGCAAAGCCUUCUCCAUCGUCUUUGCACUCCUGGGCGUGCCUAUCACCAUGCUACUUCUGACUGCCUCAGCCCAGCGCCUGUCACUGCUGCUCACCCACGCACCCCUGUCCUGGCUGAGCCUGCACUGGGGCUGGCCCCCGCAGCGGGCAGCCCGCUGGCACCUGGUGGCCCUGCUGAUGGUCAUAGUGGCUAUAUUCUUCCUGGUACCGGCCGCGGUCUUCGCCUACCUUGAAGAGGCCUGGAGUUUUCUGGAUGCUUUCUAUUUCUGCUUCAUCUCUCUGUCCACCAUUGGCCUAGGGGACUACGUGCCUGGGGAAGCCCCAGGCCAGCCUUACCGGGCCCUCUACAAGGUGCUUGUCACAGCGUACCUCUUCCUCGGCCUGGUUGCCAUGGUGCUCGUGUUGCAGACUUUCCGCCGUGUUUCCGACCUCCAUGGCCUCACAGAACUCAUCUUGCUGCCCGAUCCGGACCCUGCCAGCCUCAGCCAGGAUGAGGAUGAUCAGGUGGCCGUUCUGGAUGCCCGGACAGAUCUACAUCAGCACCUCUCUGCUGCCUCCCACGCUGACUACGCCUCCAUCCCCAGGUAGCUGUCGACCUGGACACACCUGGGCAGGGGCUUUGAGCCCCAUGUGACUAGAUCAACUGGAAUGCCCAGACACACUCUCCUGUCUUUUCACAGAGCUCCACUGGGAGGUGAGGAGUAGUCCCUCUGCUCCUAUGUCCUCUGCUCCUCAGGGCACUGACACAGUCAUUUUCUCCUCCUUCCUUUUCUCCCUUUUCUUCUCAGACUCAGACCACGUGGGCUUUCUGACUUUGUUGGUGAGAGUAGUGGUUUAUACAAUUUUUUUGUUUUGUUUUGUUCUUGUUGUUUUUCUAUGUCUCGCUCUCUUGCAUAGCUCAUCCGGCACACCUAGUUCUUCUGGGCUCUGGGCCUGGACUCCACUUUAGCCUCUGUAUUAGUGGCUUUGUCUUGGCCAAAUGAUUUCCCCAUUCUAAACCUUUAUAUCCCAGCCAUAAGAUGCAAAGAAUGUUCAAACUCAUCCACAGACCUUCACUUCUGCCAUGCUUUUCUGUGCUAGGCACACAGUAGUAGAUGUGGCUUGGGCUCUGCUCUUAUUGGGGUGACCAGCCAGUGAGGUAAACUGACUGACUUGCUGUCCCUUGAUGGUGACAAACUCCAGUGGGCACUGGAAGAGGCAGAGUGGUCAGGACUGAGGAGUGGACCUGAAAUGUCCAGGUGGGCUUUCCUGGAAAACGGGACAAGAACUAACCCAAGACCUGCCAGUCAAGAGAAGAAAUUCUGCCUUCUUCUCAGGUGUCUAUGGGCCGUAGGGCCUGUGGGAAGAGGCCUGCAAGGGGCCAGCAUCUCCCUCAACGACUUAACAGGCAAGGAACUGACCCAGGAUAUGAGCCCAGAUCCAAGUGGCGUGAGAGGGGUAACUUAGCCUGGUCCUAUGGUGAUGCUCUGUGUACCGGGGCACUGACUGAUGGCCUUUCUGGGCAUGCCCUGUAACUGGGCCAUAUUUUGCCAAUGCAUUUGGACAGUCACUCUACCUUUGGGACUCUGUGUCUGCUAAAUGGGGAAUCAUAAUGCUACUCCAAAAGUUGACAUCAACCAGGUGCAGUACUGGGUACCAGUAGCCUGAGCUGAAGCAGGAGGCUUGAGAGUUCAAAGGCAGGAUGGGAUACACAGCAGGAGCCAGGUGAUAAAAUAAGCUAAGCAAUAUAAUAAUAAUAAUAAUAAUAAUAAUAAUAAUAAUAAUAAUAAUAAAAUCACAGGAAUAUAGUGCCAAGCUAAAGGGGAGUAGGCUACAGAAGGAUAUACAGUCCUUGGGGUUGGAAAUUACUUAUACAAUUGUAUCACUUAAGGAUUUUGACUGCAACUGACAAAAGCCAGACUGAAACAACCUGAUUGUUCAAUUGUAACUGGACAGAACCCGGGUGGGGAGAGACUGAGCUUGAUGCUCUGCAUGGCUACAGAAGGGGUGGUGGCCGUGGGUUCAGCCUCUCUUCUCCCCAUAGCAGACUUAGCUCUCAUAUGUGUUCUCCUCCUGGUGUCUAAUGGUUGCCACAGACCCAGGCAUCGAAACCAGACGUGUUAUUUCUAGUGCAAGCAAUAGAAACUUCAAGCAGUAUUCUGAGAACUUUAAGGAAGGCUGGCUCAGUACCAAACCACUGUAGAAAGUCACACGGGGGAACUGGGUGUGUUGGCAUACAGCUACCCUAGCACUGUGGAGGGUGUGCCUGGAGAGUCCUGAGGCUAGGCUAGCCUGGGCAACCGAUAAUGACACCACAAAACUCCAAAGGGAGCUAGGAAUGUUCACAGUGGUGGAACACGUCUGCCUCAGGUGCUAAAGAAAACAAUUUACAAUUAUAGGUGCUGGGAAGAUGGCUUAGCCAGGCAGGCUCAAAAACCUGAGUUUCUCCCCAGUCCCUACAUAGAAAAUGCUAGAUGUCAUGUCAUGGUGCUGCCCUUUAAUCCCAGCAUCUGGAGGCAGAAGCUGGUAGAAUUUCUGCGAGUUCAAGGCCAGCAUGGUCUACUUAGUGAGUUUGAGGACAAUUAGGGCUACAUAGUAAGACCCUGCAUCCACAAAAUAACUAAAAACUAAAAAUAGUGUGACAAGUGAUUAGGAAAAAAGUAGAUAUUAAACUCUAGCUUCCAUGUGUAAACUCACACACACUUAAAAGUCUGAGGCAGCAAAAUAUUUUUUUGGCGGGGGGCUGGUUUCAAGACAGGGUUUCUCUAUGUAGCCCUGGCUAUCCUGGAACUCACUUUGUAGACCAGGCUGGCCUUGAACUCAGAAAUCUGCCUGCCUCUGCUUCCUAAGUGCUGGGAUUAAAGGUAUGCACCACCACACCCGGCUUCAUAAUGAGUUAUUUCUCUACCAGUGAAAUGAGUCAGUUCAAGCCAGCUUGGAUUAUAUUGAAGGCAGGUUUAUUGGGAAACUGGCCUUGGUUGAGUUCACUGGCCCCAAGGAUUGAGCCCAGGGGAAUUGCCAUUGGAGGUGGUAUGGGGAGAAAAGACACAUGUGCACACAUACACAGGGGGAAAGACAGAUGUCUGAAUUAUAUAGGGAGGAGCCUGGGGGGGGGGGGGAGAACAGCCCAGCCCCUGAGCUAAAAAGUUCAAGCUUGGGGUCAGGAUAUGUCAGGUAGGGACUGAGGGAUGCUGGGAGAACCUGGAGGCCAGGUCUGCUCUGAUAUGUAAAAUGCAUACCUCAAUCCCUUGUCCCAGGGUCCAAAACCAAAGUACCCAAAGUACAAUUGAUUUCUCAAGUCUUUAUCUGCAUAUAGGCUAUGCACGAACUAGCAAUAUGUGGAUGUGCAUAUGUGUGAGUCUUCCACCCUACACAAAGGUUACCAGCAAUGGGAAGUGAUGACUAUUCCUGGUUCUGAAAGCAGAACUCUGUGAGUUUGAACCCUUGUCCUUGUAUUUCACUUGUGCCUCAGAUUGCUUAUUUAUGAAAGGGUAUUUGUACAGCACUACCUCGUGGACUGGAACACCCAGCCGUCUAAUGCUUGUAACUCUUACCCUACAGCACCAUCAGGGAGUCAAUAAAGUGCCUGACCCGUCCCUCGAUCUGAACUCUGUUCUUAGCAAGGAAGGUCACGUAAAAUAGAAAUGCGUGACUUUUGGGAUAGCAUUGGAAAUGUAAAUGAAGAAAAUACCUAAUUAAAAAAAAAAAGAAAUGCGU